CAUGAGUUUUAACAGUCGCGUCGAAACGUUUGAAACCAUUGGAAGAAUACACCUAUCUCAAAUCGACGUACCAACAUAACUCUAUAAUCGUCGUUUAAUUAGGAAACAAAAAAAAAAAAAAAAACUAAUAAUGAUAAGCGCCCGCAAACAAAAACCGAUUAACGAAUUCUCAGAGUUUCCGAGCAGCCAUCUUCAGUAACCUUAAGUAUACAGCUUGGAAAAACCUCGCACUGGCGUCCCAAGAGUGCACACCUCGUGGGGAGUCAAUGGCACCGGGUCUGGGCUUUGAUUUCCCGGAGUUGAACGACGACGACGACGACGACGACUCGGUGUUCGAGAAGACGAUCCUGGUUGACAGCGUGUCUUUCAUUGUCGAUCUCACCUCGUCGUCGUCUUCCAAGGACAAUUCAUGCAGUAACGAGUCCAAUAAGGCCAACGACAACACGUGCUUCGUCGACCUGGGGUCAAUCGGUUUUGCGGAAACGCCGAUGAGCACCGACCAGCUGCUACAACUACCGAUCGUCGGGGACGGCGAGACGAUUCCUGAGGAGCAAAAAACACCGGUCGCACCUCCGACUCCUAAACGUCAUCAGAAGAAAGGCUGGGCUGUCGUAAGGCUUUGCAGCUGGUUCGUUCAAAGGUUUAUCACCUGGAUCAAAUGGGGUUACGAGCACUUGGUUGCACUGGCGAGGUUUGGCAAGCGCAGGGGGGACGAGCUGGCGCAGGUCGCCACUCUGAUACAACGAGAGAACUCCCUACUGUCGACCUUGUCCCGAGAAAUCGCGCGGCUGCGAGACAGCAACGAGGCCCUGGCCAACGAAGUCAAGGAGCUGCGAGCAGACAGGGAACGGCUGAUUGGUGACGUCGAGAGUAGACUGAAGCACUUCGAGGAGAUGAUCAGCAUCAAGGCCAAGUCGGUGCCACCACCACCACCUCCACCGCCUCCACCACCGCCACCUGCACCAGGCGUUACGCCCUUGCCUCUGGUGACAAAGGGGGUGAGAAGCAGUGGCGAGGGUAAGACGUCGUUUCCCCACCGGCCUUCGAUCACAGUCGAGGAUCUGAUGAAGGUCACGUUGAAGAAGCCAUCGCAGAAUCCCAAGGAGAGCGUUCGAGGUCCCGUUGUUUCCCUGGACAUGCUGCGCAACGUAAAGCUUCGGUCCGUGAAGAAACGUCGGUCCAACGACGUGAGGUCACCUCGAGCCUUCACGAGCACACCGUCGGCUCGACAGAAGCAGGCGAGUCUUAACAGCUUGUCGCCGAUACACCGGAACGCCGGUUACGCGCUUAUGCGUUUUCUCAAUGGUGACGGCCCGGAUGCCGGCAAGAGGCCCAUAGAAUCCGAUUUUACGUGAAGUGAUUUUGUCCAUCGUUUUUUUUCUUUCUUCUUUGUGAUACAGAUCGAGUGCCUUUUUUUCCCUCCUCUGUAUACAUUACACGCGUGCGAUGCGUUCAAUUGUACAAUUUUGUGUGUGUGUCGUAUAUACAAUAAGCCAUUUUAGUCGAUGUAACGUAAAAAAAAACUCUGCUGUGAUAUAUGUAUUUGUCCGUUGGCUUUUGACAUUGAUUUUUACAAGAAAAUGAAAGCAACAGCGUUUUUAUUGUAUUAGACAGUUUUUUCUUUUUUUUUUGU